AUGGGCAGAGAAGUAGGAUUUUUCAUGCUGCUGUCUCUAGCAUGCUGCUCCACCUCUGUAGCUGGGCAGGGCUUCUCUGCGAGCUUCUACGAGACGUGGGGAUACUACACCCAGCUGGCUCAGCAGAAGCCCAUCGACUGGAACACCACCAUGGGUCUACAGGAUACCGGUCAGGUUCAAAAGCCUUGUUAUGACCAGAGUGUUCAACUUCACACCGACAUGCAAGCUGGAAAAUCUUACGCGAUUGGGAUGCUGGACAGCAGCGGCAAGUUCAACCCUUCAGGCCUGUUCGAAGGACAGUGGGACGACUUCGGCAGCUUUAAAGGCUGCAGGGACCGUGUCAAAAACGCCCCGGAUAUACCGGAGGAGCUGAGGCCGAUGUACUGUGUUGUGCAAUGGGACGGAAUACCACCGGAGAUGGUGAAAACUACUGGAGUUGAAGUCUUUACCCAAGGACUGUGUGUACCAAACACAUGUAGCGAUUCUGAGGUUUGGCUCCUCGCGGGCACAGGUCUUCUGGGCAUAAAGCCGAUGACAAGUUGGACUCCAAGAAUUGUUCUCUGUCAGCGAGAAGAACAAUAUGCCAGCUACGGUGUUGGAGCCAUCAUUGCAAUAUCCAUCAUCGCCGUCAUACUGCUUGUAUUGAUGAUCUCUACUCUGUACGAGUUCAUCAUUACCGUCGGUUUUUCAGAGAGAAGAAGGAAAUCUGUUACCAGCAGUAAGACUGGUCGCUUCUUUCUGUCCUUCUCCGUGUACUCCAACACCAAGAAGGUGUUCGACACAUACCAGCCGCCAGGGCAACUUCCGGCGCUUCACGGCAUCCGGGUUCUCAGCACGCUGUGGAUCAUCUAUGGACACACGGGCACUUUUGCUUCUGUCACAAUAACAACUAACGAAAGGGAGAAGAGAGACUUCUACUCGGAGUGGUGGGCUUUCAUCAGACUGAGCAUGGACAAGUCUGUCGACACAUUCCUCCUCCUAAGUGCACUGCUGGUGUCCUACUUGUUCAUGAAGCAACUGAAGAAGAACGACGGCUCGUUUACUGGGAAGGACUUACUUCUUCACUACCUGCACCGUUACUGGAGGCUGACCCCCGUGUACGCCUUCCUCAUCAUGAUCUUUGCUAGUCUGAUGAACUACAUGGGGACGGGACCGCCCUGGCAAAGUCACAGCAGGGGGUGUGAGACGCACGUCUGGACAAAUCUGUUAUACAUCAACAACUGGUUCCAUGGAGCCCAAGCGUGUUUCGGCUGGGCGUGGUACCUUGGUGUGGACAUGCAGCUUUACAUCUUGGCUCCCGCUCUAUUGGUUCUGCUCUACAAAAAGCCGAAGCUGGGUCUGGUUUUGAUAAUUGUCCUUCUCGCAGGAAGCAUGGUUGCGUCCGGUCUCUUGCAGCACUUCGUAGUCAAUGGCCAGGGCCAGGACUAUUUUUCUACCGCGUACACAGCGACAUACGCCCGUAUGGGACCAUACAUGGUGGGACUACUGCUGGGCUACAUUUUCUUCAAGACCGACCACAAAGUACCCAACACCCGUCGCACAAAGGUACUGAUGCUGCUGGGUUGGGUUUUUGCCUCAGCCAUUGCCGUGGUUUUUCUUCAAUACGUCGAUGGCUCCCCGGCCUGGAGGACGUUUGACAGAACCAUGUUCUCCUGUGCUGUCGCAUGGGUCGUCUUUGCUUGUAGUGUUGGAUAUGGAGGUAUCAUCACGGAGUUGCUGUCGUGGAGCGGGUGGGUGCCGCUGAGCCGUCUGACGUACACUGCGUACCUCGUGCACCCCAUCAUCAUGUACGUUCACAACAUGUCCCUCAAAACACCGCUCUUCUACUCAGUCACUAACCAGUGGUUCCUCUUCAUCGCGUACUCCUUCCUGGCGUUCCUGUGCGGCUUCGUUGCCUCCAUCAUGGUGGAGUUGCCGUUCUUCGGGCUUGAGAAGCUGAUCUUCCCACAGCGCAGAGGCAGGGACAGCUCCAAGGCACCAAACAACGCCGCCAACGAGGCACAAAACAACCAAGCUCUUGAACUGGUGGAAUCUGGGCCUGUGCAUGACUAUUCAGUCCAUCACAAAAAUAUAGAAAUUAGCGGACCAGCGGCGGUCGUGGACAGUGAGGCACACUCGCAAUCACUACCAGAACAAGCCGACGAACAUUGGGCCAUAACCACACGCACGAAUGAAGAGGAAUUCGACCAUAAAUUAUAGUUUUUGAAACCGUAAUCACAAUGGUAUGUUUCCAUUAUGACCAUGAUGAGUCACUUUUGUCCCGAUCUUUUUCUCUUUUAGUAGAUUAUAAUAAAUAUCC